CGAGAAAAGACUUGUGAGAAAUUAUUAAAAGGGGAUUAAUUUCCUCCAUUUUGUUCUCCGCAGGGCUCAGUGAGAACUUUUCGAGCGCUCUGACAAGGGGAAUUAGGAUCAUUUUUCUCCACCCAAAUCGCUCCUUUCUCGCCUUUUUACUGUCAAUUUCGGCUUUUUCUCCGUUUUUACGCCAAAAUCGUGUUUUUCCGCAAUAUCUCGGAGGAAAGGAGGGAUUUUGAGGGUGAUCAGGCGAUGGGGACGUAGAAUUUCUCCGGUUUACUUGGGCGGAUCUUGAUCCUUUUUUUCUUUGUCGAUCUGGUUUUAUUACCGUUAGGGUUAUAUAAUUCCUUUUUUUUUCUUCUCUUAGUCUGGUUUCUGCUGUCAUUUUGGAGCUUUGGUGCUGUAAAUUGUUACUGCUGGAUUUGUUGUUCGGGUGGUUGCUGUUGUGGUUCCGAGAUAAAAAGAUCGGAUUUUGUAGCCCAGGGUUCGUGGGUUUAGGAAUUAUUGAUCAGCUGCAGUGCUUCAGUGCAUGUUUGAGUAGGUUUUCACAGUAAAAAUCCCAUCUUUCUGCUGAUUUCUUGCCCGAUCUUGUUAGUCUCCCUGUAACGUAGCUAAAUUUCGAGUCCUUGGUGGUGGGAAACGCUAGCUGCUGGAAUUCUUGGAUGUUACUAGUGUUGCAGUAGAGUUCGGAUUGUCUUGGUAGGUAAUGGUGUUUGGAGUUCGGUUCUUAGUUGCAUGGAGGUGAGGUCGGAGCAGGGCUUUAUGGCUAGUAGAGAUUCCUCCUCCUUUAACGUCAGUUUGCAGACAAGUCCACUGCAGCCACAGCCGCUGGAGAUGCAGAGCAUGCGAUUAGCUUACACGGCAGAUGGCACGGCGAUCUACAAGCCGAUAUCCAGUUCAUCUCCUGCUCCUCAGCCUCCACCUACUUACCUGGGAGGAGGUGGAGGGAGCAUCGCAACUGGAGAUGGUGGCACUGCCUCUGCUGCGGUACCACCCCAUGGCCUGAACAUCAACGUGGGAGAGCCGGUGAAAAAGAAGAGAGGGCGGCCGAGGAAGUACGGACCUGAUGGCCUUGCCCUGACCUCCUUAGCUACUGCUGCUUCAGUGUCAUCAUCUUCUCCUACUGCUGGGACCGGUCAUUUGGCACCCUCAGGCUCGGCUGAUGCCAAAAAGAAACCAAAGGGCCGUCCACCUGGUUCUAGCAAGAAGCUGCAGAUGGGUGUUCUUGGAUCAGCAGGAACUGGAUUUACGCCUCAUAUUAUUACAGUAAUGGCAGGAGAGGAUGUAUCCUCAAAAAUUAUGUCACUUUCUCAGCAUGGAUCACGUGCUAUUUGCAUUCUUUCAGCAAAUGGUGCUAUAUCUAAUGUAACUCUUCGUCAGCCAGCAACUUCUGGUGGUACUGUAACUUAUGAGGGACGGUUUGAAAUUUUGUCACUGUCUGGAUCAUUUCUGCUGUCAGAGAGUGGCGGACAGCGUAGUCGAACAGGUGGCUUGAGUGUUUCACUUGCUGGCCCUGAUGGGCGAGUUUUGGGUGGAGGAGUCGCAGGACUUUUGAUGGCAGCAUCCCCAGUUCAGGUAGUUGUGGGGAGCUUCAUACCUGUUGUUAAGAAAGAAUCGAAACAAAUUAAUCCUAUAGACCUGGCAUCUGCAAAGGCUGCCCCAGGCGGGAUGACAGGAGCCAGCAGCCCACCUUCACGGGGCUCCUUGAGUGAAUCGUCAGGUGGCCCCGGGAGCCCAUUCAACCAGAGCAGCGGCGCAUGCAACAACAGCAAUCAGCAUGGCCUCGCUAACAUACUGUGGAAAUAACUCAUUUCUACUUGUACUUCUAGUGUUUUAAACCCUUAAUAAGCUUAGUUCAAGUGAAAAGGGGGGACAGAUUGCUGAAAUUUUCCCUGAUUCUAUUAGUUCUGUCCUGGUGCAAUGUGUUGGAGACAAACUCUUGCUUUCAUGUAGCUUUUUCGACCUUUGAUGUAUUAUACUGAAGUUGUUUCAGAAUAUUGUCAUGUAUGAAAUGUUGUCAUGUUCCAAUCUA